GCAGCGCUGAGAGGACCAGCCAUUUUACUUAUGGAAAGCACUGUGUGGCAUCGAGAGCUUGGCGGUGGAAGAAGCAUUUAUUUCUUUUAAUCUUUAGAGAGAAGAGAGCCACAAUGGGCAUGCUAGUGCACAAUCAUUGCAGCCACGUGUGCCUGCGAGCUGCCCCUCCGACAAGCUGUUGUUGACGGCUGUUGCAAUUAGCUGAUUGGAGCGCGGGGAAUGCAGGGUGAUAAUGCUGCGUAUCCGCUCGCGGGCAGCAGGAAAGGGUUUUGUCUCGGGAAGGCAAGCCUUCCCACACCCCCCGCACAGUUAUCUCAGCAGCUCCCCAGCUGAGAGAACUGGGGCUCUGAAAAGAGGGUGUCGCCCUCUGCUAGCACGGAUCCUGAGCGAGGCUGCUGCUGCUGCUGCUUAGGAGCCGCGGGUCUGGGAAAGCAGGUGUGUGCUCGGAUGGGCACUGGGCUGGAACGCAGGCGGACGCUCUCGGGUUCACCUGCUUCCUGUGAACAGACUGUUAGCUCAGAGCAUCUGCUCCAGCACGCUGACGCUGAGAAAGGGGCUCCGGGCGCCCCACUUGACUGACGGAGACGCUUGGAUUGGACUUAAUCUCAAACCUCUGGAGGUCAAGACCUUUUAAAAAAGGCUACAUAAACAAUCUCGACACGGAAAAGGCUCCUGACUUGCGCUUACUCUGUUGGAGUAACUGUGAAGUUCAGCCUCUUCAAGAGCCAGAAUAGGACAGACUCAUAUACCAUUCUGAUCUGGGUGCAUUUCUUCAGAAGGAAAACUGAAGACUUUAAUAACAAACCUUUCAAGGUGAAAAUGAAUACAGAUAGCGGUGGGUGUGCUCGCAAACGUGCUGCCAUGUCUGUUACAUUAACAUCUGUGAAGAGAGUUCAAAGUUCUCCAAACCUAUUGGCUGCAGGGCGUGAUUCUCAGUCUCCAGACUCAGCGUGGAGCUCUUACAAUGAUCGAAAUCCAGAGACACUGAAUGGAGAUGCCACAUAUUCCUCUCUUGCAGCAAAAGGUUUUAGAAGCGUCCGACCAAACCUGCAAGACAAAAAAUCACCAACCCAGAGCCAGAUAACCAUCAAUGGCAACUCUGGUGGCGCUGUGAGUCCAGUGAGUUACUAUCAAAGGCCAUUUUCCCCUUCUGCAUACUCCCUUCCAGCCUCACUCAACUCCAGCAUUAUCAUGCAGCAUGGCAGAUCGCUGGAUUCUGCAGAGGCAUAUUCCCAGCAUGCCCAGUCUCUGGAUGGCACCAUGGGAGGCUCCAUCCCACUCUACAGAUCCUCAGAGGAAGAGAAGAGGGUAACAGUGAUCAAAGCCCCGCAUUACCCGGGGAUCGGCCCUGUGGACGAGUCCGGCAUCCCCACGGCCAUUAGGACGACAGUGGACCGGCCGAAGGACUGGUACAAGACAAUGUUCAAACAAAUUCACAUGGUACACAAGCCGGAUGAGGACUCAGACAUGUAUAAUACUCCUUAUACAUACAAUGCAGGUCUGUACAACUCACCCUACAAUGCUCAGUCUCACCCUGCUGCGAAGACCCAGACCUACAGACCUCUAUCCAAAAGCCACUCAGACAAUGGUACAGAUGCUUUUAAGGAGGCGCCCUCCCCAGUGGCUCCCCCACAUGUUCCACCACGACCAAGAGAUCAGUCUUCAACAGAAAAGCAUGACUGGGACCCUCCAGACAGAAAGGUGGACACCAGAAAAUUCCGAUCGGAACCAAGGAGUAUUUUUGAAUAUGAGCCUGGGAAGUCGUCCAUUCUGCAGCAUGAAAGACCCCCCCCUCUCCCAACAACUCCGACACCUGUUCCCCGGGAACCCAGCCGGAAACCUCUCUCGGUGUCGCCCUCAACAGAUGGCCUGCGUAGCCCUUCCCCUCCGCCCCGGAGCUGUGUCCCCGCACCCCGUCAGAGUCCGAGCGCCCCAGCUCUCUCUCCCACCCGGACUGGUCGCAUAAAUCCAGAUGACAUAGAUUUAGAAAAUGAGCCCUGGUAUAAAUUCUUUUCAGAGCUGGAGUUUGGACGUCCGCCUCCUAAAAAGGCUCUGGAUUAUGUUCAAGAUCAUUCUUCCGGUGUUUCCAAUGAGGCCUCCAUCUACCAGCCCUCCAUUGACAGAAGCCUGGAAAGGCCCAGUAGCUCCGCAAGCAUGACUGGUGACUUCAGGAAACGGAGGAAGAGCGAGCCUGCAGUGGGCCCACCCAGAGGCUUGGGGGAUCAGAGCGUGAGCAGGGCCAGCCCUGGCCGGGCAGACCUCCCGGGAUCGAACUCCACGUUUACGAAGUCUUUCAUUAGUUCCUCUCCUUCCUCUCCCUCAAGAGCCCAAGGUGGGGAUGAUGGCAAAAUGUGUCCAUCCCUUUGCGGUUACUCGGGGCUCAAUGGCGCCCCCUCUAGUGAGUUAGAGUACUGUAGCGCUUAUAGACAGCACUUGGACGUCCCCCGGGACUCUCAAAGGGCCAUCACCUUCAAGAACGGCUGGCAGAUGGCCCGGCAAAAUGCAGAGAUCUGGAGCAGCACUGAAGAGACCGUGUCCCCAAAAAUCAAGUCACGGAGCUGUGAUGAUCUCCUGAAUGACGACUGCGACAGCUUCCCAGAUCCUAAAGCCAAGUCAGAAAGCAUGGGUUCUCUGUUAUGUGAAGACGACUCCAAAGAGAGCUGCUCCAUGGCGUGGACUUCCCCCUACAUCCAGGACGUGUGCGGUAACAGUAGAUCUAGAAUCAAACACAGGUCAGCCCAUAAUGCCCCGGGCUUCCUCAAAAUGUACAAGAAGAUGCACCGCAUCAACCGCCAGGAUUUGAUGAACUCGGAGGUAAUUUGCUCCGUGAAGUCCAGGAUCCUGCAGUAUGAGAAGGAGCAGCAGCACCGGGGUCUGCUCCAUGGAUGGAGCCAGUCUUCCACUGAGGAGGUGCCCCGGGACAUGGUACCCACGCGCAUUUCGGAGUUUGAAAAGCUGAUACAGAAGUCCAAGUCCAUGCCCAAUCUAGGGGAUGAGAUGCUCUCUCCUGUCACUCUAGAACCCCAACAAAACGGUCUGUGUCCCAAGAGGCGAUUUUCUAUUGAGUCUCUGCUGGAGGAAGAAACUCAGGGUAGACAGCCUUCUCAGGGUCAGCGGAACUGCAAGUCCAAAACCCUGGUGCCCAUCCACAUUGAAGUCACCAGUGAUGAGCAGCCCAGAACACAUAUGGAGUUUUCCGACAGUGACCAAGAUGGCGUCGUGUCUGACCACAGCGACUACGUUCAUGUAGAAGGGUCAUCCUUUUGCAGUGAAAGUGACUUUGACCAUUUUUCAUUCACGUCCUCUGAAAGUUUCUAUGGAUCCAGCCAUCACCACCACCACCAUCACCACCACCAUCACCGACACCUCAUCAGUUCUUGCAAAGGCCGAUGCCCAGCCUCUUACACUCGAUUUACCACAAUGUUAAAACACGAAAGAGCUAAACAUGAAAAUAUUGACCAUCCCAGAAGGCAAGAAAUGGACCCCGGCCUAUCUAAACUUGCAUUUCUAGUCAGCCCGGUGCCUUUCCGACGGAAAAAGAAUUUGACUCCCAGAAAACAGACUGAACAGGCAAAAUGCAAAGCCUCUGUAGUUGAGGCUCUGGACUCUGCCCUUAAAGACAUCUGUGACCAAAUAAAAGCUGAGAAAAGGAGAGGGAGCCUGCCAGACAACAGUAUAUUGCAUAGGCUUAUCAGUGAACUGUUGCCAGAGAUUCCGGAAAGGAAUUCAUCCCUUAAUGCUCUGAAAAGGAGCCCCAUGCACCAGCCUUUCCACACACUGCCUACAGAUGGUGCUAUUCAUUGUCCACUGUACCAAAACGAUUGUGGGAGGGUGCUUCACAGUGCCUCUUUCCCAGACGUGGACACAGCCAACAACAGCUACCACGCACAGGACUACGGUAGUACCCUGAGUCUCCAAGACCAUGAGUCCCCUAGAAGUUACUCAUCUACUUUGACUGACUUGGGAAGAAGUCUAUCACGGGAACGAAGAGGAACUCCCGAAAAAGAGAAACUGCCUGCAAAAGCUGUCUAUGAUUUCAAAGCUCAGACGUCUAAGGAGCUAUCAUUUAGGAAAGGAGAUACGGUCUACAUCCUCAGGAAAAUUGACCAGAACUGGUAUGAGGGGGAGCACCAUGGAAGAGUGGGCAUUUUUCCAAUCUCCUACGUAGAGAAGCUAACACCUCCAGAAAAAGCGCAGCCCGCCAGACCACCACCCCCAGUCCAGCCUGGAGAGAUUGGAGAAGCCAUAGCCAAAUACAACUUCAAUGCAGACACAAAUGUGGAACUCUCCCUGCGAAAGGGCGAUAGGAUUAUUCUUCUUAAAAGAGUUGAUCAAAACUGGUAUGAAGGGAAAAUCCCAGGAAGCAACAGGCAAGGCAUCUUCCCCGUUUCCUACGUAGAAGUCAUCAAGAAGAACGCAAAAGGUGCUGAGGACUACCCCGACCCUCCUAUACCCCACAGCUACUCUAGUGAUAGAAUUCACAGCCUAAGUUCCAACAAGCCACAUCGUCCUAUGUUCACUCACGAAAACAUUCAAGGUGGGGGGGAACCGUUUCAGGCUCUGUAUAACUAUACUCCUAGGAAUGAAGAUGAGCUGGAACUCCGAGAAAGUGAUGUCGUUGAUGUGAUGGAAAAGUGUGACGAUGGAUGGUUUGUGGGAACUUCAAGAAGAACCAAAUUCUUUGGUACUUUUCCCGGGAACUACGUCAAGAGGCUGUGAAUCACCUCCCUCCUUAUUUACUCCACAUGUCAGCAACACAUCUGCGUAACUCACCUUGGAACAUCCUGUCGCUGCCAUGCCUUAUGGUUUCCCAUAGGCCAUCACCAUCUCCACCUGCUGCCACCAAAUCACCAGCAGUGACUGCCGCUGUGAGCCUUGGGGAGGCUGGGAGCCUUAGGGAAAUGUGGCAAACUUACACCCACAUAAAUGCCGUUUCCUGCUUUCUGUCCUGAACUUUGAAACGUUUGUGUGUGGAAUCAGAAUGGAAGUCAUCAUACUCAAAAAGAGUGGAAUAGUUAAGGCAGAAAGAAAGAAAAG